GCCAGGGCAGAGCCCAGCCAGCCACAGCUCCAUCCCUCUGGGAACCCAGGCAGUGCAGAGCCUGGACAGGCAGGUUGGGGUUCUACUGCCCCAGAGCGGAGACACCAUGCACUUGCCUGCCAGGACACCAGACUUGGUCCUGAGGCCAGCAAGGCUAGCCGCUGCGACUCCCUGACACUCAGGAAAGCCCAAGCUGGUGAGCAACACCUGUCCACGGCCACCAUGAUAUGGCCCACGGUCUGGGUCUGCAGCCUCUGGAUUACUGUGCAGUCCCCACCAGGAGGACAGUGACCUGAAGCCCCAUGCUAACUCUGGCCACCCCCUCCUCCAUCCAGGCAUGCCGGUUGCUGCUCCAGACCUCCCCCGAUCCAAGGCCCAAGAUGACACCCAACAACACCGGGGAGGUGGCCACCUCCCUCCCCAUGGUGGCUAUGGGGCUCUCUCUGACCCUGGCAAGCCUCAUUGUGGCCGCCAACCUUCUUCUGGCAUUGGGCAUCGCCCGGGACCACCACCUGCGCAGCCCCCCUGCUGGCUGCUUCUUCCUGAGCCUACUGCUGGCUGGGCUGCUCACAGGGCUGGCCCUGCCCAUGCUGCCAGGGUUGUGGAACCAAAGCCGCCGGGGUUAUUGGUCCUGCCUCCUCCUGUACUUGGCUCCCAACUUCUCCUUCCUCUCUCUGCUCGCCAAUCUGCUGCUGGUACAUGGGGAGCGCUACAGAGCAGUGCUGCGGCCACUCCGGCCCCACGGGAGCACUCGGCUGGCCCUACUCCUCACCUGGACUGGUCCCCUGCUCUUUGCUAGUCUGCCAGCUCUGGGGUGGAACCACUGGAGCCCUAAUGCCAACUGCAGCUCCCAGGCUGUCUUCCCAGCUCCCUACCUCUACCUCGAAAUCUUUGGGCUCCUGCUGCCUGCCGUGGGGGCUGCCGCCCUUCUCUCUGCCCGAGUAUUGGUCACUGCCCACCACCAGCUACAGGACAUCCGCCGGCUGGAACGGGCAGUGUGUCGCGAUGCACCCUCUGCCCUGGCCCGCACCCUCACCUGGAGGCAGGCCAAGGCACAAGCUGGAGCCACACUCCUGUUUGGGCUGUGCUGGGGCCCCUAUGUGGCCACCCUGCUCCUGUCGGUCCUGGCCUAUGAGCAGCGCCCACCACUGGGGCCUGGAACUCUGUUAUCCCUCCUCUCACUGGGCAGUGCCAGUGCAGCAGCUGUGCCUGUGGCUAUGGGCCUGGGUGAUCAGCGCUACACAGCCCCCUGGAGGGCAGCCGCCCAAAGGUGGCUGCGGGUGCUGCGGGGAAGAGCCUCCAGGGACAGUCCUGGCCCCAGCAUGGCCUACCACACCAGCAGCCAAAGCAGCAUUGACUUGGACUUGAACUAGGGGAAGGGCCACGGCUGUCUCCUAGAAGCAUCUGUCCAUCUCAGCCACCAAAUCCCUUUCCGCAUGUCCCCUCUUCUCUGGAACAAAAAUCCUGCCCCUA